AUGCGAAAAGUUGAAGUCAUUCCACUGAAUAAGUUGAUUAAAGUCUUAGAUACAGGAUACUUUGUAGUACUUUGUAAGGUUGCCUUAAAACGUUAUGAUUGGGAUUCUUCAUUGCUGUUGAUACAAGAUGCUGAUAGCUUGAACAAAAAGAAUGAAGUAUCUUUAAAACAGUUUCGAAUUACAGUUGAUGGAGAAAGUCCCCAUAAAAGGAAGCGCCUCGUAGCAGCAGAACGCCAGAAGACGUCGUUGACAGUGGACAGAAUGAGUGCUACGUGUGACAACGAUUUUGAAGCAGUGAUUCAGGAAUAUGAGAAAAGUUACGAGACACUAAAAAGUAAAAGGGAUAAACUAAAUGAACGCGUCAAAUUCCUGUUUGGUGAAGCUGUUAAAGAAGGAAAAGAAAAGUUAUUUUUGGAAAGAAGGCUGGCAGAUAUGGAUGCAGAACUUGAAGAAUAUGGUUUUUUAAGUGAUUCACAAUCUGAACUUAUCAAAAAGUACGACAAAGAUUAG